AAGGAGAUAUGUUGCGUGGCGCUUUUCCAGGAAUUGUUGCAGUUGUUAAUUCCAGUGGAAGAAGGCCUCCGAAAACUUUGUUGUUUUCCUGGACCACUUCAUGAAGCAUAGUGGUUAUUCCACGGAAAACAAAGUAUCGCUACUAAUGGAUAACCAUGAGAGUCAUAUUUCCGUUGAUUCCCUGAGGAAAGCAAAAGAAAAUGGAAUUGUGAUGCUCAUGUUUCCACCACACUGCGGCCAUAAAAUGCAGUCCUUGGACGUAUCGAUUUACUUCCCCUUUAAAGAUUACUAUCAUUCGCAGUGUGCAUCAUGGAUGGUUUUCAAUCCAGGCCAAACCUUGUCCAUUUACAAUAUCGCUGCUUUAGCUAGUCAAGCGUUCGAAUUAGCUUUCACACCAAAGAAUAUUUUAUCCAGUUUUUCAGCGACCGGUAUUUAUCCGUUAAAUCGUGAUGUGUUUACUGAAAUUGAGCUUAUGUCUAGCGCAAAACCUGCAACACCACCACAGUCUUCUUCAAGUGAUGAAGAGGAAGAAAGCGAGUUGGGCAGAUGCAGCGAAGAUAUUUCAGAUGUUGGAUGCUUCGGAUUAAAGCUCUUGAGGAUGUCAAGGCUCUCCAAGUGGGAGACUUCGUUUUGGUCAAGUUUUACACGAAGACUUCAACUGUGCAUUAUGUGGGUCUGGUAA